AUGUCAGAUUCAAUAAUUGUAAAUAUAGAAACACCACAAUCAAGUAAAAGAAAGAGUCAAAUUUCAAAGAGAUAUAGAGUAACUAGUGAAGAGGAUAGAAGGAAUUUAAAAGAAAAAGUUAUAAGUGCAAGAUUGGAAUCAUUGGAUGAUGACAAUGAACAACAACCAAUAGGUAGUAGAGGAGAUGAAGAAGACAAUGAUUAUAACGAUGAUGAAAAUGAAAUAGUUUAUACAACACCUGUAAAUAAAAAAAGAUUAUUCAUUGCAAGAGAAAAGAAAAAAAAUGAAAAGAAAUCAAUGAAUUUAAAUUUUAAUGAUGUUUUAGAGAAAUCUUAUUUAGAAACUUUUCCAGAUCAUGUACCAACAUAUAUUAGCGUUCAAUCAAAACCCUCAAUAUUUCCACCUAGACACUUUUGUUCAAUAUGUGGCUAUAUUGGUGCAUAUACCUGUAAACAAUGUUCAAGUAGAUAUUGUAGUAUAAAAUGUUUUAAUUAUCAUAAUGAAACAAGAUGUAAAGGUUCAAUUUAUACUUAA